AUGGAGAAUCAUCUUGGAAACACGUCUGAUUGUUCGGUUAACUGUGCAUCUGGGAGUGCAUCUGAGAUUCUAGAUUGUGAGCCACCUGGGACUCCAGCUGAUUGGUCACUUUUGCGGAUAAUUCUCAAUAUCAUCAAAGGCGAUUGGGAGCUUAGAGCAGAACAAUUGGAACUAGGAAUUCUGAAAAAAUACGCAGAGAUUGGAAGGUUCUACACCUGGUUAUACUUAGGUAAUUGUUUUUCAGCUGUUGCUACAGUGGUAUUAAUGUCAUUGACAAAUCCCAUCCUUGACAUAUUGGUACCUUUAAAUGAAUCACGUAUAAAACAGCCAGUUUUUGAAGCUGAACUUCCUUUUAACAAUAGCAAACACUUUUAUUGGACUGUUCUUUUCGGUGCCUCGGCUGCAACUAAUGUUGUUACAAUUGUAGUCAGUUGUGAAUCAUUGUUCGCAGUCAUGACAUUGCAUGCGUGUGGAUUAUUUUCUAUUGUCAGGUAUCGGUUGGAGAGAAUUACAGAACAGUUCGAUGACAGGCUGAUUAGCAGAGAUAAAAACAUAACAGAUUCAAAUUUCCAAGAAUUGUUGUAUUUAAUUGAAGGCCACAUUCAUGCGCUUAAGUAA